ACAUACUGGCAGACGAAACACGUACGGUAGAAAAUGUCUUAAACUGGCCGUCUAGAGAAAUUUCCAAGACAUCUGUAUAGCAUCGAAGAUUCAUAUAAGUCAGGUUGAAGUGUCUGCACUGCUUUAAGACCAUUUGCUGCCCAUCCUUGCCUCUGAUUGGUCAGUUUAGAACCUGAUGAUUUGGAAUUGCCAAUCACAGGCAAGAAGAGGGAUCAGGUGGGGGUGUGACUCUGAGCUUCAAUUCAGGUGCUGAGUAACCUUGCCAUGCUGACGGGGCUGUUUAAGGCGUACGGGCGCUUCUGCGUGUCGCACCCCUGGGAGGUGAUCGUGGGGACCAUCACGGCCACGAUAUGUCUGCUGUCCAUGAACAUGAUCACCAACAGCGACCGUGUCUGCGGCUGGAACUACAUCUGUAAUGUGGACGAGGAUAUCAAAAGCAGUGACGUGAUCAUCAUGAGCCUGACCAGGUGUAUUGCUGUCAUCUACAUCUAUAUGCAGUUCCGCAACCUGAGAAAGUUUGGUUCCAAGUACAUCCUCGGCAUUGCUGGAGUGUUCACCAUCUUCUCCAGUUUUGUGUUCAGCAGUGCAGUCAUCCACUUCCUGGACAAGGAGAUCACGGGUCUGAACGAGGCCAUGCCCUUCUUCCUGCUCCUGAUCGACCUCUCCAAGGCCUCGGCCCUCGCCAAGUUCGCGCUCAGCUCGUCCAGCCAGCUGGAGGUGCGGGAGAACAUCGCUCGCGGCAUGGCCGUGCUCGGGCCCAACUUCACCUUGGACGCGCUGGUGGAGGUUCUUGUCAUUGGAGUCGGCACAUUGUCAGGUGUGAGACAGCUGGAGAUGAUGUGCUGUUUCGGUUGCCUGUCAAUCCUGGCCAACUACGUGGUGUUCAUGACGCUCUUCCCAGCAUGCCUCUCUCUUGUACUGGAAUUGUCCCAGGAUCGGAGUAAGGGUCCGCCUGUGUGGCAGUUGAACCAGCUGGCUGACAACAUCCUGGAUGAAGUGGAGGAACAAAAACCCAACCCUGUGGUACAGAGAGUCAAGCUCAUCAUGGCCCUUGGUCUGGCCCUGGUCCACGCCCACAGCUGGCUGGUUCCCUGUGAGAGGGACACGACCCUUCCCGGCUCCGACCAGCUGAUGGGACUGAUGGGGGCGGGCGUGGCCUCCGUACCGACCGUCCAGCAGAAGGUGGAACCCGACAUGCCGCUCUGGCAGUUCUACCUCACCUCGUGGCUGUCUAUGAGCUAUGACGAGAUCCUAACCCUGGCCCUGGCCCUGAUACUGUCUGUCAAGUACAUCUUCUUCGAGAACAAUGAGAACAGCAUCUCCUCCCUCCCUGCCAUGGAGAGGAGGAAGUCAGGGAUGCAGGAAUCCUCCAGGAUGGAGGAGAUGGAGAAGGAAGAGGAACAAGUCAUCUCCAUAGAGAGUACCACAUGUCUAUCCACUAGCACACAGACAGAUCCUGAUGAUUUCCCCGAGCCAAAGACAUCGUUUUUCCUGGGCGGAUCUAAUGUCACCUCCCCAGCUGAUUCUGAAGAGGAGGAGGAGGAUGAUAAUGAUGAGGAGAAGGAGGAAGAUGACACACCCAAACCCCCCAGGUCUAUCAAAGAGUGUGCAGAAAUUCUCGACACCCAGGGAGCGGAGACCCUGACAGAUGAGGAAGUACGGCAGCUCGUUCGCAGUAAGCACAUUCCCGGGUACAAGCUGGAGAGCAAGCUGGGCUCGGCUGAGCGGGGCGUGGCCGUCCGCAGGCAGAUGCUGACGGAACAGUUGCACCGACAGGAGGCACUGGAGAAACUACCGUACACCAGCUAUGACUACUCAUUUGUGACAGGUGCGUGCUGUGAGAACGUGAUUGGCUACAUGCCAGUACCGGUAGGCGUGGCCGGACCCUUGCUGCUGGACGGGCGGGAGUACCAGGUUCCCAUGGCAACAACAGAAGGCUGUCUGGUCGCUAGCACCAACCGUGGGUGCAGAGCCAUCAAGUUGUCAGGGGGAGCCAGAAGCUACAUUAUCGGUGAUGGAAUGACCAGAGGUCCGGUGGUCAGAAUGCCCAGUGCUGCCCAGGCCAGUGCGCUGAAGAUCUGGCUGAGAGACAUCGACAACCUGGACCUGCUGAAAGAAGCUUUCAACUCUACCAGCAGAUUCUGCAGGUUAGACAGCAUCAUGUCAGCUGUGGCAGGACGGCACAUCUACAUCAGGUUUAAGGCCGUGACGGGGGACGCCAUGGGCAUGAACAUGCUCUCCAAGGGCACAGAGAAAGCCUUGAAAAAGCUGGAGGAGUUUUUCCCUGACAUGGAGCUGCUGAGCCUGAGUGGGAACUACUGCACAGACAAGAAGGCCACGGCCAUCAACUGGCUGGAGGGGCGGGGCAAGUCUGUGGUGUCCGAGGCUGUCAUCAAGGGGGAGGAGGUCAAAAAGGUCCUGAAGACCUCAGUGUCUGCCCUCGUGGACUUGAACAUCAGUAAGAACCUGAUUGGUUCGUCCAUGGCGGGAAGUAUUGGGGGCUUCAACGCACACGCUGCCAACAUCGUAGCUGCCAUCUUUAUAGCCACAGGACAGGAUGCUGCCCAGGUGGUUGCGAGCUCCAACUGUAUGACCCUGAUGGAAGCUACAGGAGAGAACGGAGAGGACUUGUACAUCAGCUGCACCAUGCCUUCCCUGGAGGUGGGCACUGUGGGAGGGGGGACCGUCCUGCCGCCACAGAGGGCCUGUCUCAAGAUGAUGGGAAUCGAUGGCUCCCAUGACUCGGAGCCAGGCAUGAACGCCAGACAGCUGGCGCAGGUGGUGUGUUCCACAGUCAUGGCGGGUGAGCUGUCGCUGAUGUCUGCCCUGGCAGCUGGGCACCUGGUCCGCAGUCACCUCAGACACAACAGGUCAAGACUCAACAUGGCCCCAGAAGCACUGAAAAACGAUGCGGCCUCCGAGUCGUUACCGAAACUGGCAAAUGGCAGAGAACCUGGAACUUGUACUGCUAAGGCAUCUUGAUGACAAUGUUGACUUUAGAUAGCCCUUUGUCAGUUGUGGCAGGUAUACGUAGUUAACAUCAGUGACUGAAAUACUGUUAUAUAAUGCCAGAAUACAUGUAAACAGGACAACUGUAUUAUACCAAAUGUAAAUUAGGAUAUUUUGAAUCUUGAGUCAGUAAAAAGUGAAUGUCAGUCAAAGUUUUUAGCUUCUUUUUUUUUAAUAUCCAGAACUUCUACAAAUGGAAAUGGAUGCUUUUGGUAUACUGAUCUAUACUGUACAUGUAAUAGAAGACAGCUUUUAAGUUGAUUAAUGGUACACUGAAUGCUUAGAAAUGCAGUCUUUAUGAAUCAGAAUAUUCCAUCUGCAACCUUCUUUGUACAAGGCUUUCGUUUAAAAGCUAGUAUCUGGAAUUUGUUGCCAAGAAUUUUUUCUCAGUAGAAGUAAAUAUGUAUAUUUCUCAAGAUGUUCAUAAUUGUAGGUAUGUAAAUUAUGUAAAAAGCUGAGAUCUGCUUCCAACGAUUCUUGUAAUAUGAAUUCUGCAGCUCGACUGAGAUCACUGUUAUACAUUGUACAUCAAGCUGCUACAAUGUACAUGACAAAAUGUACAAUGUAUGACCUAUUAGUACAUGUUAUUAUUGUUCAUGCAGAGGCCUGUAACAGUGUACAAAUGUACAAUUACUAUGCUGGUAGUGUUUGUUUGAUACUGCUUGUGAUUUAUAUUGGAUCAAUGUUUGUAAAGAGAUGUUUAUUGUAAAACAUACUGGCUUGUACUUUCUGUUUCAUGACAACGUGUGUCCAUUUUCGAUUUCUACACUGUAAUGUUUUAAAAGCAUUCCAAAUAGGUUUCAAUCUCACAAAGGCAAUCAAAAAAGAAAAGCACAAACUUAGGACUGAAUACAAUUUAUUUUCCAUUAGAAGUGGGGUAGAAUUCAGGAAAUAAGAUACAAAGGAAUUCAUCACCCUUCCUAGCUAAAUUCAAAGUUUAGAGUCAAGUAGAUAUAAUCU